AUGGCUUCCGACGAAAUUGUUUGGCAGGUUAUAAACCAGCAAUUCUGUUCUUUCAAAUUAAAGACGGACAAGAAGCAGACCUUCUGCCGCAAUGAAUACAAUGUCACUGGUCUCUGUAACCGGCAGUCUUGCCCUCUGGCAAACUCUCGGUACGCCACGAUUCGACAGCACCCUGAGAAAGAGACGGUCUACUUGUACAUCAAAACCAUUGAGCGUGCCCACAUGCCCUCGAAGCUGUGGCAACGGAUAAAGCUGUCCACCAACUACCAAAAGGCCCUCGAACAGAUCGACCAACAACUCAUAUACUGGCCCAAGUUCCUCAUUCAUAAGUGCAAACAACGCCUUACUCGCUUGAUUCAAGUACAGAUUCGAUCGCGCAGGAUAGCUGCCGAGCAAGAGCGGUUAGGCGAGAGACUCGUUCCCAAGAUGGCCCCCAAGAUCCGGACCCGUGAAGCAGCGAGAGAACGGAAGGCUGAGUCCGCUGCCCGGCUGGAGAGGACAAUUGAGCGAGAGCUUCUCAAGAGGUUACGGUCCGGCAACUAUGGCGAACAGCCACUCAAUGUUAGCGAGACCAUCUGGAAGAAGGUCCUUAACGCUAUGGAACGUGAGGGCGAGGCUGAGCGAGACGAGGACAUGGACUCCGGUAUCGACUCUGAGGAGGAGGCCGAUUCCCAGGCCGAGGAUGAUCUCGAAAAGUUGGUCGAGUACGUUUCGGAUAUUGGUGAAAGUGAAGAAGAACUUGAGGACCUCGAGGACUGGCUCGAGAGCGACGAUGAUGACGACGAUGAAGAGGAGGAUGACGAAGACGAAGAUAGCGACGACUCGGACCCUGACACCACCGACGCUAAGAAGAGGAAGCGAGCAAAGGCCGCGAAGAAACAGAAUGUCAAGAGGGCAAAGGUCGAUGUCAAAUUCAACAAGCCUGCCAAGGAGCUUGACGCUCCCCUGGCAUGGUAG